AUGAUUAUCGCAAGCUCUGUUAAAAAAGAAAUAUCAAUUCCUUUACAACCCAUAUCCACGGUUGUACCCACUAUUCCUUCUUCUAACCAUAUAAGAUUGAGUAGUACACCACAAGAAGAUGAAAAAGAUGAAACAACAGUUGAUUUUGUCACCGUAAAGGGUCGUCAACAAGGCCAGAAUGAUUUCAUUAUUCAAGUAUUUGGUCAAUCAAAUAAGUUUGAUUCAAAAGUAGAAGAAAUAUUAACUAUUCAAACUACUACUAAUAAUGAAAAAAAAACUAUUCUUUUUUGUGAAGCAUUUAUUCAUAAUAAUACUGUCUUUCUUAGUUCUCCAUUUGUGGGUCAUAAAACUGGUUUAUUAAAUUGGGCUGAUGGUGAAUUCCAAUCAUGUAUAACUCAUUUAAUUGAACUUGCUGAAGAAAAGACGGGUUGUAAUCAUCUUAUUGUCUGUAUUAAUAAGCAUCAAUAUAAAGAAAGUCUGAAUACUAUUUUACGUGCUUUUAUGUAUCUUGGUUUCGAAAUGAUGCAUCCUAUUAUUUAUGGUCAAGAGCCAGAAUAUGUACUUGUGGGUUAUGAAUUAUAA